AUGGCUUUUAUCACCAUGGAUAUCGACGGCCGCGCAGAGCGUCUCUACGGCUAUGUGAUCCCAGGCCUUGAAUUCGAUCUAAUCCUUGGAAAGGGUUGGGCGGAACGAAAUGACGUCGUAUACAAAGCUGGAAAGCGCUUGCAAAUCGGCCGCGGCAACAGUCGCGUGAAGGUUCCAAGACGGCCGAAUCCCACAAGAGAUCAAAGAUGUAGCUGGCGAUUUCCUGACGACGACGACGUCGAUAUCACACCACCGCACAGAGAUAUCUGGGAUCAUGCCAUCAACCUCGAGAAAGACGACGAUGGUCGUGAUAAACGCCCACCGUUCGGACCACUCUACGAGAUUUCACCCGCCAGCGCGCCUGUCCUCUUCGCACGAAAACCAAGUGGCGGUCUUCGCUUCUGCGUCGAUUACCGCGGCCUCAACGCCAUUACGAAGAACGACCGUUACCCUUUGCCGCUGAUCCGAGAGACCCUCCGCAACCUCGCCACUGCCCGAUGGUUCACCAAGCUUGACGUCCGCGCCGCUUUUCACAGACUUCGAGUCCGACACGGCGACGAAUGGAAAACCGCCUUUCGCACACGGUAUGGCCAAUUCGAAUGGCUGGUAACACCGUUUGGUCUCACAGGCGCGCCCGCGACCUUCCAGCGCUAUAUCAACUCGCACCUCCACGACCUCCUCGACGAAUUCUGCUCAGCCUACAUGGACGACGUCAUCAUCUACAGCGACGGCGACUACCUUGACCACAUGACCAAGGUCCGUACAGUGAUGGAACGCCUCCGCAAUGCCGGUCUUAAACUCGACCUCGAAAAGUGCGCUUUCGCCGUGAAAGAAGUCAAAUACCUAGGAUUCAUCAUCAAAGCCGGCGAGGGCGUGACGGUCGACCCGGAGAAAAUUCAGGCUAUUCGUGACUGGGAGGCGCCCACAACAGUGACAGGUGUCCGCUCUUUUCUUGGAUUUGCUAAUUUCUAUCGGGAGUUUAUCGAGACUUUCGCAGCUGUCUCUGAACCCCUCAAUAACCUUACCAAGAAGUUGACCAAAUGGAAUUGGGACGCUUCAGCGCAGAACGCCUUCAACAAGCUCAGGAACUCCUCAUCACCUCACCCGUCCUCGCGAUGUUUCACUCCGACCGCGAGACUACUGCGACCAGUCGGCUAUUUUUCACGCAAAUUCUCCGCUGCGGAGGUGAACUACGACAUUCACGACAAAGAACUUCUCGCCAUCGUCGCGGCAAUGGAGCACUUCUCAGGCGAGUUACGCAGCGUUGACAAAUUCAUAGUCGUCUCAGACCACAAGAACCUGCAAUACUUCGCGACCAACCGCCGCCUCUCCGAACGCCAGGUCCGCCUAGCGGAAACACUCUCUCGGUACACGUUCAAGAUCGUUUUUCGCGCUGGGAAGGACAAUACACAGCCGGACUUCUCUCGCCGCGCCCAAGACCUGCCCGCUAACGGCGACGACGAGCGCCUUAAAAACCGCGAAUUCCAGCUGCUUAAAGAUCAUUGGCUACCUCCACGCACCGUCAAGCAUCACCAAGGCGACUACAUUCUUAACCAACUCGUCAGCGCGGUACAGACGCGCCGCUCAAAAACCACACCCAUCGACGAUUCUCAAGCCCCGCCCAGAGGCGCCAAACUCUUCUUCGACUCCGCGCUUCAGUUGCUCUGGGACCGCGGCCUGAUCGAAGACGGCGAGUACCGCAACAUACACGCCUCUGUUGUCCAAGGCAACGCCACCUUCCCUUCGGAAUACAACCUUUCUGUCCAGGUACCUGACUGCGAAAUCGACGACCGCGGAGCAUUGCUCCGGCGCGGCGCUUUAUGGACACACGACUCUCACAUUACGGGUCACCCUGGGCGCGACGUUACGCUCAACAUUCUUCAACGGAGCUACUUUUGGCCCCAGCAAUACCUUAUGCCCACAGGGUCUCCUACGACCUUUGCCUAUUCGGACAGAUUUCACAGCGAAUUGUCUGUCGACUUCAUGGUUGACCUGCCAGCUAACGGCAAAGGCCCCCGAUUUCUGAUGUGCCACUACAGAUUCCACGGCUUUCCAAAGACGAUGACAUCUGACAGAGGCAGCAACUGGGUUAGCAAAUUCUGGCAACGGCUUUGUGAACUCCCCCUUUUCCUCACUCACGGGUACCACGCCGAGCCUAUCCAACAAAACCAAAUCUCAUCUCGCUCCAAAACCGACCCCAAGGCCCGUGCCGACCACUUCAUUGCCCGCCUCCGAGAGGUCAAGAAUUAG